UCUUGAAGCAGCAGCAGGAAAAGGGGGCGGGGCCUCUCUGACAAUGCUUACUUUGACCUGUAGACUUUGUCCCUCAGGGUGCAGCGUGUACUCAACACCGACUGCAUGGUGAGUUUUUGCUUUGAGCCGUCCCGGGUCAGCAGCACAGGCAGGAGCUUUGACAUGCAGACUGUACCGGAGGAGUGGAGGGAAGAAGGAAAGGAGGAGAGGACGGAGGAGACGUUAAAGAAGAGGAGAGGGGGAGAGGUGAAGGAGAAUGGAGAGGUGGAGAAGGAGUCCCUGAUGAUGGAGCUGUCGCGGUUGGUGCAGAAGGCGGUGAAGGAGAGCAGCUGGUGGGAGAGGAAGGGCAUCGACUGCAGCAUCCUGGCAGCAGCGUUCCUCUGUGUGCCUCCCGCCUUCCUGCUGCUCGGCUCCUCUCAGCCACUGUGGUUUUCAGCCGGCGUGCUGCUGAUGGGCGUCGCUCACGGCGUCAUCACCAUCAAGGGGACGCACCUGGCCAGCCACGGGGCGCUGAGCGAGUCGCAGGCCUGGAGCAACUUCUGGGCCAUCUUCUUCAUCGAGAUCUGCGGCUCGUUCUCGGCGCGGGCCGGUGUUCAGGGUCACAUUAAGAUGCAUCACGCUCACACUAACGUCAUUGGACUGGGCGACUCCAGCGUGUGGAAGGUCCCGUUCCUGCCUCGCUCUGUCUACCUGUUCAUAGCCCCUCUGGCCGUGCCCGUCAUCACUCCACUCGUUGCACUCGCUCACCUCAGAGGAAACUCUCCACUGCUCAUCUGUAGGACCGUCCUGAUGGUGACACUGGGCCUGUAUUCUCAGUACUGGCUGCUGAUCCACGUCUCCGGGUUCCUGUCACCUGUCAGCGCUCUGCUCUGCAUGCUCGUCUGCAGAGCCAUGUUCUCUGUGCCCUACAUUCACGUCAACAUUUUCCAGCACAUCGGCCUCCCCAUGUUCUCCCCGACCAGCCGCCCUAAGAGGGUCUACCAGAUGACGCACGGGGUCCUGAACCUGCCGAGGAACUUCCUGCUGGACUGGAUCUUCGGACACUCGCUGAUCAACUGCCACGUGGAGCACCACCUGUUCCCCUUUCUGUCUGACAACAUGUGUCUGAAGGUGAAGCCGGUCGUGUCAAAGUAUCUGACAGAGAAGAAGCUCCCCUACCAGGAGGACCGCUACCUGUCCCGCCUUCAACUGUUCUUCAACAAGUACCAGGAGCUGAUGGUGUUUGCUCCGCCCAUCACGGAGCUGGUGGGCGUGCAGUGAUGGAGGAACAAAAAAACAAACUGUUCAGACUAAAAGACUGCUGCUGCUGCUCCAGAGCACAAACUUCUGCUUUAAGUCCAUUUCUGCUGACGUGUAUCAACCUCCACACAGAGAGAGAGAGAGAGGAGGUUUUUUUAAUCAAUGACUCAUCAACACCUUUAAUGUCGUGUGAUAUCAGGAGGUCGUUCACAUCCUCACCAUCGAUUUCUCAAAGAUUUAUGAACUGAAUUCAUUCUUCUCUGAUGGGGGGGUCGUCUCUGAUUGGUCCACGCUGCCCUCCCGGAGGAUUUGAUUGUUAUGGCUCAAACAUUUUGAGACAAAUACCCCCGUUUAAAAAAAAACAAAACAGACUAUCUUUUCAUCGUCUGCUUUUCCUCGAUCACUGGAUACACAAGAGUCUGAUCAUCAGAUUUCAUAUUUCAUGAGAUGUUUGAGGAAGUUGAGGAUUAAAAAUCAGGAAUUCAAUCUCUGCAGCGGUGACAUGUAAAGAUCUAUUACGGUAAAACUUUACAGGAACAAAGCACAGCAGACAAAUUGCAGUAAAAAAAUGUGUUGAAUUAAAACGUUUACAGUUUCUUUGAGGCUUUAAAACACUGUUUUCUUUGUAUAAUAAGCGUAAUUUCUUUGUUAUUUUCUUUAGAGAAUUAUUAAUUACAGGACAGAAAUCAAUAAACUGCUUCAUUAUAUGUAAAAUAAAAUGUCUUAACCACGAAUAGCAGCUCCAGAUCUAACCUCGGAGAGAACAGUUCUAAGGUUUAAUUCUCCUUGCUUCAUAACCUUUAUGCUAAGCUAGGCUAAUCACCCCUCUGGCACUUAUUAUCUCAGUUUGAACCAAAUCUUUGUAUCUUAUCACGUUGAAAAGCGUGCUUUAAACUUUGUAGACGAUGUUUUUAAAACUCUUUUUAACAACCUUCAACAUGCAGAUCAAACCUGCAACCGUAGUAAAAGGCUGAGAUACAGCCCCCUGUUUCCAUGGCGACAGAUGAUGGCGCUGUUGUUUCGAUGCAAAUGAUUAUUUUGUCUGUGUCCGAUCUGCUCAAAGACUCGUCUAUACUGCACUGUAGUUACACUAAGACGUAGAGGAUUCACAGUGUGUGUUUCAUCUGUUGAAUAAAUAAUACAUUUUUAAUGAUUUUAA